UGUGUUACGAUUCAGCCCUACCCUACCACGAUGUUCUAAUUGAGAAAGUGUGACGAAAUGGAGAAACCAACCGUUUACCAAUAAAAUAAACUUAGCAUAAUAAUAAAUGCAUACUAAAUUAUUCGCCGACUUAAGUGCUCAUGGACAGACAUAUUAUUUUUGAUAUGGAACAAAUGUUUUUUCGCAAUUGGCUGAUCUUUCUGCGGGCGACGAAGGCGUUCCUUGACGCGUUAAGUGAAACCGGUGCAGCGUGCGUUUCGCGAGCGACCGCGAUCAAGUUCCUGCUCGCACGCAAGUUUGAUGUAGCGCGCGCGCACACGCUGUGGCGGCAACACGAGGCCACGCGCCGGAGGGAAGGUCUCAUCAAGUUCGAGCCCUUCGAGGAUCCACUAAAAAGCGAACUAGAGACUGGAAAAUUUACGAUAUUGCCCACGCGCGAUGCGACGGGAGCAGCGAUUGCAGUGUUUACGGCGAACAAGCAUUUCCCAGCGCUGACCACACAUCAGACAACCCUACAGGGCGUGGUGUACCAGUUGGACGUGGCGCUGCAGUCAGUCGACACACAGCGAGCUGGUCUCGUUUUCAUAUACGACAUGACUGACUCCAAGUACACCAACUUCGACUACGAGCUUUCGCAGAAGAUACUUACUAUGCUCAAGGGUGGUUAUCCAGCCAAAUUAAAAAAGGUGCUCAUAGUGACAGCGCCGCUGUGGUUCAAGGCGCCGUUUCGAAUUCUUCGACUGUUUGUGCGUGAGAAGUUACGCGAGCGCGUGCACACGGUGAGCGCGCCGCAGCUGGGCGUGCACGUGCCGCGCGCGAGCCUUCCGCGACAACUAGGCGGACACCUGGAGCCCGAUCACAGUGCUUGGUUGGAGUUUUGCAGGAACUGUUACACGAACAACCUGAAUACCAAAUUGGACGGCGUCAUAGACGACUAUGUGAUAAGUAAUCACAUACCUCACGUCAAAACACAAAAUGGUUUAAUAGAUGCGGAGGUUCCGUGUGACAUGACCAGCGACCGCGUGGCUCGCCUCGACAACGGUUCCGACAUCAUGCACAUCAGCGGCGACCCGCCCUACACCUGCGACCCCAGCCCGCUCAGACACACACACGGCUACAAUGGCGACAUGAAAGCCGGACACAUCAACUCUGGAGACGAAGACGAUAUAGACUUAAUAACCCGCGGCACGUGGUCGUCGGGCGAGGCGUCCCCCGGGCUGUCGGACGAGGAGUGCGGCGGCGGCGGCGCGGGCGAGGCGCCGGGCGCGCUGCUGGCCCGCGUGCGCGCGCUGGGCCGGCGCGGGCUGGCGGCCGAGUACGAGGACAUCCGCGCGCGCCCGCCCGCCGGCACCUUCCACCACGCCAAACUGCCCAGCAACCUAGCGAAGAACAGGUACACGGACGUGCUGUGCUACGACCACUCGCGCGUGCUGUUGUCGCAGCUGGACGACGACCCCAGCUCCGACUACAUCAACGCCAACUACGUGGAUGGAUACAAGCAACGGAACGCGUUCAUCUGUACGCAGGGCCCGCUACCGAAGACCUUCGGCGACUUCUGGCGCAUGGUGUGGGAGCAGGGCAGCCUCGUGGUGGUGAUGACGACGCGCACGGUGGAGCGCGGCCGCGUCAAGUGCGGUCAGUACUGGCCCGCCGCGCCCGGGCAGCGCGCCGUGCACGCCGGGUUCGCCGUCAGCACCGAGGCCGUCGACGUCGACGACGACUACACCGUGUCGCAUCUGCUGCUCACCGACCUCAGGACGGAGCAGCGGCGGCGCGUGUGGCACGGGCAGUACACGCGCUGGCCCGACUACGGCGUGCCGGGCGGCGGCCGCGCGGCGCCCGUGCUGCGCUUCCUCGCGCUCGUGCGGCGCGCGCAGCACCGCGCGCGGCAGGAAUUGGGAGACGCGUGGGCGGGUCACAGUAGGGGUCCACCGAUCGUCGUGCACUGCUCGGCCGGCAUCGGGCGCACAGGCACGUUCCUGACGCUGGACACGUGCACGUCGCGGCUGGCGGCGGAGGGCGUGGUGGACGUGCGCGGCGCGGUGGAGCGCAUCCGGCAGCAACGUGCGCACUCCAUACAGAUGCCCGACCAGUACGUGUUCUGCCACCUGGCGCUGCUCGAAUACGCGGUAAUGCACGGCUACUUAGAAUCGGCCGACCUGUCCGGCUUCGACGAGGAAAACGAAGAGGAGUCCGAAUGAAGACUGUCGCGAGGUGUCUGCAGCUUGCUGUGAAACACGUGUCCACAUGAACCAGCCUCUAGCGCUAAGUCUCCUAGUGUUUACUUAAACGUGUAAAUGAAAACGUUCCUUUAGUAAGAGUAAGGACUGACUAGAUCA